ACGUCACAUCCGCAAGGAGGUCUAGGUCCAAAAUGGCGGCUUCAGCGGGCGCCUCCGCGGCUCAGAGUAGCACCAGGGAUGAGGCAUUUGAGACGUUUUAUACAGAGGUGAAGCAAAUUGAAAAGCGAGACUCUGUACUGACAUCCAAACAGCAGAUAGAGCGGUUGUUGCGGCCCGGCUCGACGUAUUUCAAUCUGAACCCGUUUGAGGUCUUACAGAUCGACCCAGAGGCCACCGAUGAAGAGAUGAAGAAGAGGUUUCGCCAGUUGUCCAUUUUGGUCCAUCCGGAUAAGAACCAGGACGAUGUAGACCGAGCACAGCAGGCCUUCGAAGCGGUCGAUAAGGCGUACAAGCUGCUUCUGGAUCCCGAGCAGAAGAAAAGGGCCGUGGAUGUGAUUCAUGCAGGAAGAGAAUACAUCGAGCAUAAUAUGAAUCAGAAGAGGAAACAGUUGAAGAAAGACGGCAAGUCCACAGUGAUCGAGGAGGAUGACCCGGAAGUGUUCAGGCAGGCUGUGUAUAAACAGACCAUGAAGCUGUUUGCCGAGCUGGAGAUCAAGAGGAAGGAGAGAGAAGCCAAGGAUAUGCACGAGAGAAAAAGGCAACGAGAGGAGGAGAUUGAAACACAGGAGAAGGCGAAGAGAGAGAAAGAGUGGCAGAAAAACUUUGAGGAUUCGAGGGAUGGACGUGUGGACAGCUGGCGAAACUUCCAAGCCAAAGGUAAAAGCAAGGAGAAGAAGAACAGGACGUUCCUCAAGCCUCCCAAGGUCAAAAUGGAGCAAAGAGAUUAAUAAUCGUGUGAAGAGAAAAACAAACAAACACACAAACAAACAAACAAAAACA